GGUCAGAAAGGACAGGGUUCAGAUUUAUUUUGAUUGACCUUGGUGCGCUACCCCCAAACAUAAUACCGAUCAACGGACAGGAUGGCAACCACAGGUUUACCGUUACCUCCACUUCCAACGUUGCCAAUGUCAACCCCAGUAGUAAUCGAAAGUCAUGGAUUCCAGAUAUCUAAAGACCAGCUGACUGUCCUGGUGCCGGUGGCAGUGGCGGCUGCUCUAGGUGGCUUCCUGGUGAGCCGUUACUUCAGUGGGCGUGGCUGUGGCAGCAGUAAGAAAAGCCAGGUCAACCCCUGUGUUUGUAAGGACAGUGCCAAGGUGGUGCACAGCUUCGACAUGGAAGACAUUGGCAGCAAGGCCGUCUACUGCCGCUGCUGGAGGUCCAAGAAGUUCCCCUACUGUGAUGGUUCCCAUACCAAGCACAACGAGGUCACUGGGGACAACGUGGGUCCCCUCAUCAUCAAGAAGAAGGAUGCUUAACCAACCUCCCUUUCCCCUACUCACCCCUCCUAUCAAAUCAUCACUCAACACCAUUCAGUCACAUGACACAUACGCCACAGUCAAACAAUCACUUGACAUAUCCAUCCAGAGGUCCUACAGGUGAGCUGAAUCACUGCAGGAUCCAACCACGCUGAGCAGAACUCCUGCUCAAACCGCCUUCAUACAACCCACAGUCAAAACCCCAAGGGAAUGAUACAUUGAUUGUGAUUUUUGUCCUAGAAGCUCAGCUAAUUAAUGUUAUUGAGGCAUUGGUCUUAAUGGUCUUAACUAAGAGAUUAAUAAUACAUGACUGAGAGUGGGGAAGGUGCUACCCUGUAUUUCUAUAUUCUCUGACACAAGAGGGCACUUGCAUUUCCCCUCUAAGACUAUUGUGUUCAAAGUAAACCUUUAGGAAUAUCUAUUGUUAAUGUCCAAAUGAGAUACAUUUUCUACUGAAUAUGACUGACUUGAUGGUGAUGUAUAUUGACCUGUAUAUUGUGAAUACAUGUGUCUUAAAGUGGUCAGACUUGA